AUGAGGAUGUAUCCGGCUGAGUAUAGGGUUGGGAAUGAGAGCUAUAUCUCCAAGUCCUGUCGGAGCAAGGACGACUCUCUUUUCUGCAGGAGAGAUGACUAUGAUAGCUCAGUUCCGAGUAAACAGAACCUACUUUGCCGGGGUGAAAGCGGAUUAGAAUCCAUACUCCGGGUACAGGACCAGGAGAUAGAGGAGAAACAGCAGGUGGAGAACCGGGAACAGGAGUGGAAGAAUGAACAAGAGAAGGUACUAAAUUAUAUUGAAUCUCCGAGUACAACCCCGGGCAGUGUUAGACCGAGUAACGGAAGUGCUCUAAGGGAGAAACCAGAUGGAGUAAACCCGUCCGAUCUUAUUUCUCAGGCUGAGCAGAAAACCAAGACCCUGGGGCGGACCCGGAGAGAGGAAACUCAUAAAAUACCCGGGUCGGGUUCCAGGAAUGAAUUUACUCUGGGUGCGGAUUUACAAGGUUCAGAAGGAUCUAAUUCUCCAGAGUUUUUCACCGAACCAACACUCAAGUACGGGUUCGACUCCGAGGAUAGUUUUGAGUCUGGAUUUCCAUCCCGGGGAUACAGGAUCAAGUUUCAAUAUGUUCUCUCCUCAACAACAAAGUACAACAUCCUCCUGGACCAGUCUAGCGGUAUGGCCGAGGGGAACAGGUGGAUUUACGUCAAACGUGCCCUCUUCCGGUUUAUUGAUCUACUUCCGGUAGGCAGUCGGUUAAAUAUUUUGGCGUUUGGAUCUUCAGUGAAAGAAGUUUUACCAACUACAAGAGUGACUGAACUGAACAGAGAUGGAUUGUUUGGAAGAAUUCCUCGCAGAGUGCUUGAUGACGUCACAUCUUGUGUUGAAUGUGCUCUAAAGGGUACCCUGAGCAGUAUCGGACACAAUGAAGCUGUGAUACUGAUCAGCGGGGUUCAGAAUCAGAUUCCAAACUAUGCGCGAGUGUUGAACCAAGUCAGAGAGAAGAAGAUACCGAUCUUUAUCGUAACCUACCCUGCCACCAUCCAUCCGUCCUACAUUCCGCUAGCGGAGUUUGGCGGAGUUUACUCCGUUGUUGAGAACAGUCCUAAACUUCAUCCUCUCACCCACCUCCAGGAGAUACUGGCCAGUAUUAUUUCAAACACUGAGAGUGAGACCGUUGAGAAACUUCAUGAAACCCAUUACAAUUCCUUAGCAUUUGCGGGAACAUUCAACUACGACAGGGAGGACCCUACAGAUCUGAUGAUCACACUGAAUGUGCCAGACGAGGAAAAAGUUGAAUUCUUUGAGGUAAAAGAUCCGUCCGGGAAGAAGCGUAUCUUUUCCAAGUUUGAGGACGGGAUGGUUUACUUCAAGUUCUCUGGGCAUCUCCCCUCCGGUAUCUGGUCCUACCACGCCAAGCUUUACCAUGACUCCGUGUUCCCUGACACUAAGAUGUCCGUGGAUGUGAUCACAAGGUCGGAGACAAGCUCCGGGAUCUAUGUGGAUAUAUUCACCAGUAAUCAAACUCCAGAUCCGACCAAAGAACCGGUUGUUGUCUUUAGCAAAAUCAUGAGAAACGGUCUUCCUAUAGUUGGUGCAAAAGCAACCGCUGAGCUGUACAUACCAGGUGGUGUACAGGACGGUGCGUUGUAUACCCUAGACCUGCAUGACAAUGGUCUAGGGUACCCGGAUAUUACAGCCGGGGAUGGAAUUUACUCCGGGUAUGUUCCCGGAUACGGGAUGGUUCCUGGCUUCUAUGCAAUCCGGGUUCUGGUUACGGAUAACAACGGCGAAGCUGGACAAGCUAAACAUCAAGCUCAAGUAGAAUCUGUGUCCGAAUGUUGUGGAUCUAGAAUUGAAUAUGGGAAUAUCUCCGCCCCAACAGGAACUUUUCAACGAAUAUCUGCCGGGGAAUCCUUUUAUCUGGCCCACGGUUACCCGCUAACAGAAGACAUCUCUCCGCCCUGCCGAAUAUCUGAUCUACAGAUGGCGGAAGUACUCAACGAAACACUCGCCAUCCGCCUCGACUGGACAGCUCCUGGAGGCGAUCUAGAUUUUGGAAAAGCUCACAAGUAUGAAAUCCGAUGUCACACUGAUCCAAGUAUGCUAGCAGACUCAACCUUCUCGGAGAAGGGUAUCCUGGUUCACUCUGAGAGUGUUCCUAUUCCAGGAGUAUACGGGACCCCCCAGACAUCAACCGUUGGGGUUCCUUGGCCUAAUCAGCUCUUUUAUUAUGCUAUUGUUGCCAUUGAUGAUCGGGGGAACCGGGGCACAAUCAGUAAUCUAGUAUCCGUCUUCAUUUUAGAAUCAUCUACAACAACAACAACAGAGAGUGGUUCCUCUCCAGCACCCAUUGAUCCUCUCGACAUAUUAUCCUACCUUCAAUCCCAUCAACUAAACUCCAACGACUCUCUAGAUGAUAAGCAUCUAAGGGAAAAGUUUCUAAAACUAAGCGAGAAUCUGGUGGAAUUAAAAGGCUCAAAUUCUGAGAUCUAUAUAGCGACCGGUAUUGUCAGCGGGGUGGUAGUGGUAAUCAUUAUCAUAUUGAUAGCAUUAGUUCUGCUCAAUCGGAGAAAGCGUAGUAUGUCACCGGUUCCAAUCCCUGCUACUCCUAAUACUACAACUACAUACAAGGAACCUGAAGAUAAAUCUAAUCUGGGUCAAGUUACUAAACUUAGCUCGGAUGGAAGUUCUAAAGUCCUCCUCUCCUGGUUAGAUUCUCUACCUAAGACAGAUGAUAAAGUAGGAGUAACCUCCAGCAGCCCUAGCUCUCAUAACACCAGUCUUGAUAGCACUCUUAACACCAUCAGCAGGAGGAAUCAUACUCUAACCAAGACUAAUCCAUACAGACACAAAGUCCUCACUAACGGUAGUUUUGUAAGUUUGAAAGAUAUACCGAGUGGGAGUGAGGAAGGAUCAACUAGAAUGACCAGCAGUACCCUUGAUGAUUCCAAUGGAUCAGACACAAGCAGUGGAAGCCACAACAAUGUUGGACUUACGUCAAAAUCCUUAAAAGUGGCAACAAGCUCUGGGAUCAAGAGGUCGAAUACUAGCGCCUCCUCCCUCCGACCUGACAACCCAGUUGUGAUCAAUACGGCCAGUUUACGUAGGUCCCACAAUACAGGAUAUUUUAGCUUUCGAGAUUAUAGUCCUGUAUACGCCACAGCUACACUAGGACGUGGAUACAGGAGUAAUCUACCCGUCUUAGCAGAAGAUAGUAUUCAUGGAACCAUGAGACAUCAUCCAAAUCAGACCAGGAGAACUAAACGGACUGAAUCCUUUGUCUAGGAACUAUUUUAUUUUGACGGGAUGAGAAACUUGAGAGUUUAAUUUCAUGUUCUAAUCUAACCCUUGUUCUAAACUAUAGUUACCCUGUAUAUACGUACCUUAAAGGGACUGUAAGCAUAUUUUCAAGUGACCUUCCAUUUAUAGAGUGGCGUGUUCUAUUUUCAACAAUAUCCUUUAAACCUUUGAUUAAUGAUUUUUCCUUGAAAUUCUUAUUUAUAUAGAGGGAAAUUAAGUGUCAAGAAACCGCGCCAGUGUACACUAGCGCGGAGACUACAGUAUACACAGUAAUCUCGAGUUUCUCUGCACUCAAUCUGCUGGACAAAGGUUUAAAGGGUACAAUUGUGAAUUGGACACAUGCCUCACUACAAAUGCAAGUUCACUUAAGAUAACGCUUACAGUCCCUUUAAACCAGCAGUAGAGCUAGAUAAAUGUUGGUGAAAAUAGAUCUUAGCUACGGUGACAAUUUGAAAAGCUAAACCCAGGAUUAUAUCUGAUCGAUGAUGAUAUUAAAGUGAUCCUACCAUAUAUGUAUAGUUCAUGUUAAUCAUAGAACAUAACUCCUAAAAUAACAACAGACCAUGUGAACACUAUUUUAUAGGACUGAUGCUGUGGUCUUUUAAUAACCCUUUACAGUGCCCCCCUCCCUCCCGGCUGUGAAACAUAACUGUGAUGUAUAUGUUACAUUAUAUACCUUUAUUCAUUAGUUUUUAAAUAUUAUUCAUUUUAUAAAAAUUUUGAAAAUUU